UCAAAACAUGCAACUCAACAGCCCAAAUAAACAGAAAGCCCAAAAGAGAGAGAGAAAUCGUCGAGCUCAACAAGACUGCAAAAAUGGAGGAAGAGAAAGCCGCGGCGUACUACGACGAGUUGACUCGGCGAGGCGAAGGAGCCGCCAGAUUCAAACAAGGCCUGGGCUUCUCAGCCACACCGUCGAGUACCGCUGAUGUCCCAUCAAGAGGCUCGGCUCUCCCUUCUUCUUCCUCGGUUUCUUUCCUCAGCAGUUUCGUCAAGGCUUCUAGCCCAACCAAGACUACUGAGCAUCAGAAACAAGCUCAAUUAGAAUCCAUACAGAACAAGCUCACGAAGAAGAAUAAACUUAGUCCGACCCGAGAAUCAGGACAACAACGACACCAUUCUAGGGUUUCUCAGAGAGACGAAAGGAGUUCCAGGAGGCGGAGUAGGAGCCGUGAUCGGGAGCGGGAUCGUCAUUCGAGGCGGCGGAGUACGAGCAGAGAUAGGUAUAGGGAUGGGGAUAGAGAUCGACAUAGGAGGAGGAAAAGGAGUAGGAGUAGGAGUAGGAGUCGGAGUCGGAGUCGGAGCUUCUCGCCUCGGAGCCGGAGAGUUGAGAGAAGGAAUCGGAGCCCUUCACCAAGAGAGCGUAGAUCGAAGAAGGAACAGGGUCGCGAUGGAAGAGUAGGGGGACAACUUAGUAAUGCCCGAAAGGAAAAGAAUGUGAACUAUUCGAAGUUGAUUGAAGGCUAUGAUUUGAUGUCACCAGCUGAAAGAGUCAAAGCGAAGAUGAAGCUUCAACUAGCUGAGACUGCUGAAAAGGAUGCAACGAAAGGCAUGGGAUCAGGUUGGGAAAGGUUUGAGUUCAACAAAGAUGCACCCCUUGAUGAUGAGGAAGAAGUUGAAGCUGCCGAAGAUGAUACAGCAUUAGUGAAGCACAUUGGCCAAAGCUUUCGAUUCUCUGCAGUCAAGUCAAAAAGGGAAGAGCAAAUCAGAGUUGCUCAUGAUGAGGCCAUGUUUGGUGCAUCAAUUAUUCCUCUUACCACUUCAAGUGAUGGCGAAGCUGCUACUGAAGCUGAGGUUGAGACUGAGACGGAUAAAAGAGAGUUGAAUGAAAAUGAUCUUGGUGCAAAUCUUUUAAGUGAGAAGGUUCUUGCGAAACAACAAGGUUCUUGGCGUGAUCGUGCUCGUGGGCAAAGGAGCUGAGAUGAACAAAAUUAAUUAUGCAAGAAAUGACAAUUUGCCACAGGAAAUCUCUUGUGACUCUUGAUGGAAACUGCAGAGAAUGAACUUCUACUGACAAGAGUGAAGCUUCAGGCUAAAUGGUAAAUUUAGUGUAGAGAACUUUAGACACUUUGUGGUUUCUUCUUAAUGUCACCGCUGUUUAAGCUAAAGCAUACCUGAGAAUCCACACUUACCUUGGAAUAUUCUUGGAAAAACGGUUUGAUUCUUUGUUGGUUAAUCAUAGACAAAGUUUCCAGUAUGUGAUGUCUUCAAUAGAUAUAGCUAAGCAAGCUUCGAAAUGUAGUCUAGUUUUUACCAGUAUAGAAACAUUGUAUUUGUGAUGUUAAUCAUAUGUUACUAAAAUUUAGGAGAAAA